AUGAUUCUCCAGAUCUUCCUCUUCACCUUGUUUUUCUUCCUUCUUCUGAUAUACAGCCGAUCGAACACCAAGAAAUCCUUCAAAACUCUACCUUUACCUCCAGGGCCAUGGAAGUUACCUCUUAUAGGGAACAUCCAUCAACUUAUAGGGUCACUACCCCAUCACUCUCUGAGAAACUUGGCAAACAAGUAUGGUCCCUUAAUGCAUCUCCAGCUUGGAGAGACAUCCAAUGUCAUUGUCACUUCCUCAGAAAUUGCCAAACAGAUCUUCACAACACAUGACGUUAUCUUCUCCAAUAGACCUCAUCUUCUCGCUGCUGAGAUCAUCACUUAUAAUAACAUAGAUAUUGGAUUUUCCCCACAUGGGAACCAUUGGAGGAAACUCCGAAAAAUAUGUACUUUAGAGCUUUUAACUGCAAAGCGUGCUCGAUCUUUUAGGUACAUAAGGGAAGAGGAAGUAUCUGCACUCGUCAAAGAUAUUCGAUCUCAUGAAGGUUCGGUAAUAAAUCUGAGUGAGAAAAUUUUCACAACCACAAAUUCCAUAAUUGCAAAAGCAGCUUUCGGUAAGAAGUCAAGAGAUCAAGAAGCCUUCAUAUCUAGUUUGAAGGAAAUAAUGAAGGUGAUGGGAGGUUUCUCGAUUGUUGAUCUCUUUCCCUCUGUCAAAGUUCUUCAAGUGAUAACUGGAAUGAGAGCUAAAGUUGAAAGGGUUCAUAAGUUGAAUGAUAAAAUACUGGAGGACAUCAUCAAGGAUCACAAAGAAAGAAAAGAGAGAAGUAGUGAGAAUACUGAAGAGAAUCUACUUGAUGUUCUUUUAAAAAUUCAACAGGAAAAUGAUCUAGAACUGCCGUUAACCCACAAGCACAUCAAAGCCGUCAUUCUGGAUAUGUUUAUUGCUGGAUCUGAGUCAUCAUCAACUAGUGUGGAGUGGGCGAUUGCAGAAUUGAUGAAGAACCCAAAGGUGAGGGAGAAAGCUCAAGCUGAGGUCAGAAGGAUUUACGGUGAAAAAGGAUAUGUGGACGAAAGUGAGAUUCAUCAAUUGAAAUACUUAAACUCAAUUGUGAGGGAGACCUUAAGAUUGCACCCCCCUGGGGUGCUGUUACUUCCACGAGAAAACACUGAGAGGUGUGUGAUUGAUGGAUAUGAGAUACCUGAAAAGACCAAAGUCAUUAUCAAUGCUUGGGCAAUAGGAAGAGAUUCUAAGUUUUGGGAUGAAGCUGAGAUCUUCAAGCCAGAGAGAUUUUUGGAUAAUCCAAUUGAUUUUAGAGGAACAAACUUUGAUUAUAUACCAUUUGGUGCUGGAAGAAGAAUGUGUCCUGGGAUUAACUUUGCUUUACCAAACAUCGAGCUGCCGCUUGCCGGUUUGCUGUAUCAUUUUGAUUGGAAGCUCCCAAAUGGAUUCACUCAUGAAGAAUUUGACAUGUCUGAGACAUUUGGUGCUGGCGUAAGAAGAAAGGAAAAUCUUUGGUUAAUGCCAAUUAGUUAUCAGCACUAGUAAUAUUAUUGCUUCAAUGAUUUGUCUCGUGCUAUAUGUGUUGUUAACUACUUAUGAUAUAAACCUCUAUGUUUUUAGUUUA